UCACUUGGUAACAGUUAUAUUAGAAUAGUCAGAAGCUGUAGCCAUGCUUGUCGAAACGGUCGCCUCGCUGUCGUGUUACAAUGCAACCGCCUACCUGUUGGAGGCACUUUUUCUGAGCACAUGUCUUGCAAACUGUGGUAUUACUUCGAUAAAAGAUGGAGCGAUUCCUGCGGGCGAAGACUGGAUACGUCCGGAAACGACGAUACCUCAGGGAACACUCAGAGGUAUAAACAUGGUCACACACCACGGUAGAAGAUUCUUCGCCUUCAAGGGAAUCCCGUUUGCUGAGCCGCCGGUUGGGGAUCUUAGGUUUAAGCAAGCUGUACCGGCUGGUCCUUGGAAUGGGAUUCUAGACGCUGGCAGUAAUCCCAACGCGUGCAUUCAACGGGAAUACGAGCUCUUUGGGGACGAAGACUGCCUUUAUCUCAAUAUUUAUACUCCACGGAUUCCGACGGCCAAAAAUUCGACGUUACUGCCAGUGAUGGUCUACAUGUAUGGUGGACAAUUCAAAUUUGGAACGAGCACUCCUGAGCGAUGGAGUCCCCGGUUCCUCCUUGAUAAGGACGUAGUGCUCCUCGUCCCCAAUUAUCGUUUCGGAAUACUAGGAUUUCUGACUACGGGUGACGAAGUAUCACCGGGAAACAAUCAACUGAAAGACAUAGUUCAAGCUUUGAAAUGGACCCAAGAAAACAUCAAGUAUUUUGGUGGUGAUCCCGAUCAAGUCACAAUCUUCGGUGGAAGUUCGGGUGCCAAUAACGUCCAAUUCUUAACGUUAUCUCCUUUGACAAAAGGACUCUUUCACAGGUACAUGACACAUAGCGGAACAGCAAUCACCCCAAUAGCUCCAGAACCGUGGUCGGUGGCUGCCCAUCGCGUAACUAAGUUGGGCGAAUACCUUGGUUGUUCAACCGAUACGUCGACCAUCCUUCUCGAUUGUCUGAGAAGUUUCAACGGGUCGUAUCUGUACGAUACCGAGAUCGUGCUGAGGGAAAUGAAAUUAUUCACUUUCAUGGGCUGGAUUCCAGUAAUCGAGCCUGAUGUAGAAGGCGCGUUGCUUACGGAUACUCCGGCGAAUCUUCUCGCCGCCGACAAAAAACGUGAUAUACCUUGGGUGUCCCUUGUCACUCGGGAUGAAGGAAUUGUUGUUACAGCAGAGUAUUACGACAGGCCAGAUCUUGCUGAGGGAUUCUUAAACAACAUCGAGUUUUUCUUGCUGAAAAUAUUCAAACAUGACACUUGGGCACCUGAUGCAGCAGCCUACACUGCUGCUCUUAAGUCGUUCUAUAACUUAAACGAUCCAACUGCUGACAGAAAAUCGCUGCUGAUUAACUUGACGAAACUUAUAACUGACGCUUUGUAUAUUUAUCCUGCCUAUCAAGAAGUUGAGCAGCAUGCAGCACAUGCAGCGUACAAGAAUCCGGUUUACCUAUGCACUUUUGACUACAGAGGUGCUUUCAGCUACAGCUACAAAUUUAGUCACGGUAACACAGAGGAUUGGGGUGCGUCGCACGGUGACGAGCUGAUUUAUCUCCUUCCUGGACCAAAGGAAAUGUUUGGACCUCCAGGCACUGAAUUCACUGAAACUGACUUGAGAAUUGUUGAUGCAAUGGUAGAGCUAUGGACGUCGUUUGCUACGAAUGGGUUGCCGACUACUGCAGCUCUGAAUGGCAACGUGAUUUGGGAACCAUACUCAUCGGGUAAAAAAUAUCUUCAGAUCGGAAAUGGAUCCGAUGCUAGAGUUGAGGUUAAAAGUGGUUUUCACGAAGAGCGAAUGCGGUUUUGGGAAAAGUUCUACGCUGGUACAUUAUAGAUUCAGAUAUCACAGCCGCUCAUCCAUACCCUUGAUUUUUUUAUUUGAAGUAUUGAAUCACAGGCUACUCGUAAGGGGGAAUGAAAGGGAUGUGGAGAUGAUAUAAUCAUGGGAUGCCCACUUUGACUUGCGUAAUUGAGUUAUGAUACAUAUUAUAUCCUGACUGAUUUUAAAAUGAAUAUUAAAAAUGAUCCACACUAUACGUAUAGUCGUUGAAAACUCGCGUCACAGGCCUCAGGAUGCAAAUAUGAAAACAUUGCUUCGUGUUGGCCCCCACCACCUUCCAAGCAAC